AUGACUCACGUUGACUCUUUGUCUUAUGCUCUGCCAAAUUCUCGUUUUACUUUCAUCCGAUCGUGUCUUUUCAUAGAAGGAAAUAGGCUUCCGCAAAUGGUCACGAGACUCGGGACGUGGCCACACGUAAAGACAUUUCUAUUCACCGUUUCGAAUUUGCCAUUUCCCAGUCACCGUUUCGAAUUUGCCAUUUCUCAGUCACCGUUUCGAAUUUGCCAUUUCCCAGUCACCGUUUCGCCAUUUCUCAGUCACCGUUUCUUUGCCAUUUCCAGUUUCACCGUUUCGCAUUUGCCAUUUCUCAGUCACCGUUUCAAUUUGCCAUUUCCCAGUCACCGUUUCCAAUUUCCAUUUCUCAGUCACCGUUUCGAAUUUGCCAUUUCCCAGGCACCGUUUCAUUUCCCAGUCACCGUUUCGCAUUUGCCAUUUCUCAGUCACCGUUUCGAAUUUGCCAUUUCCCAGUCACCGUUUCGAAUUUGCCAUUUCUCAGUCACCGUUUCGAAUUUGCCAUUUCCCAGUCACCGUUUCGAAUUUGCCAUUUCAGCCAUUUUCAAUUUGCCAUUUCAGUCACCGUUUCAAUUUGCCAUUUCCCAGUCACCGUUUCGAAUUUGCCAUUUCUCAGUCACCGUUUCAAUUUGCCAUUUCUCCAGGCACCGUUUCGAAUUUGCCAUUUCCCAGUCACCGUUUCGCAUUGCCAUUUCUCAGUCACCGUUUCGCAUUUGCCAUUUCUCAGUCACCGUUUCGCAUUUGCCAUUUCCUCAAUUUGCCAUUUCUCAGUCACCGUUUCGAAUUUGCCAUUUCCCAGUCACCGUUUCGCCAUUUCUCAGUCACCGUUCACCGUUUCCAUUUCUUUCGAAUUUGCCAUUUCUCACCGUUUCGAAUUUGCCAUUUCUCAGUCACCGUUUCGAAUUUGCCAUUUCCCAGUCACCGUUUCGAAUUUGCCAUUUCCCAGGCACCGUUUCAAAUUUCUACUUCUUUAUUAUAAAAUUACUAGCCGGAUUACCUGCGCCUUGA